AUGGUGCGUUUUGACGAGCUUCAACGGGAUGCUAUUCAAGAAAUUUCCAAAAAGCUCACAUUCUUGCAAGAUUACAUCUAUCUCCGGGUGGUAUGUCGUCGUUUCUUCUCCUCCAUUCCCCCAACCCCUAAGCACCUGCCUCUGCAGCUACCAUGGCUUUUCUACCCUCCUCGCCAACAAAAUCGCAGAUUCUUCAACUUCUCUACCCACAAGUUUCACCACCUUAGCUUCCCCAAUACCUCCUGCCACCAGAGGGAAUGUGGGUCUUCACAAGGUUGGCUCGUCAUUCUCGACGAGAAAAGCCCGAAAAUUGUUCUAAUCAAUCCUCUCAAGGGACUCGAACAAGAAAAGGUCCACUUGCCUGCACUGACCUCUUUUCCUAAUGUGAUAGGCUUCAAUCCGUCAAGAACUGGGCAUGAGUUUGAGGUUGAGAGUUAUGAAGGAGGUAAAAGUAACCUCUUUUGUUUAAAAGCAAUGAGAGAUAGAUUUAUAAAGAAGAUCAUAAUAUCAUCAACUUCAUUGAAGGACGCUGGUUUUGUCGCGGUUGCACUGCUGUCCAAAUCAAUGGCUUAUUAUAGGGGUGGAGGAGAUUUUUCUUGGAGAUUCAUUGAUGUACUGUUGACUUCUUGGGUCGAUAUAAUGUAUCACAAUGAGCUUCUGUAUGCAGUCGAUAUCAGUGGUGACAUCAUGGUCUGCAAUUUGAAGAGUGACCCACCGACAGUUUCAAUUAUCGAAAUGCAAGAAACACCAAGUGAGGUAGUUUUGUGUCAUGAAAUGUAUUUGGUGGGUUCAACGGAUGACUUGUUCUUGGUUCUGCAGUAUUUAGACACUCGUUAUUAUUCUGAUUACCGCCUAUCACACACAACAAGAAGGUUUGAUGUUUUGAGGAUUGAUCGGAGCGAGCAGUUGGCACAGUGGAAUCCUGUCACGGAUGUGGGAGAGCGGGCUUUCUUUGUGGGACAAAAUGAAUCUGUGUGCUUCAUGGCAUCAGAACAUAUAUUUUACCAGUAA